UUGCAGCAGAGAUAUUGGUUUUACAAAAAGUGAAUAACAGUGCAAAUAUUAAUAAUUUGUUCGAUUUGUCAGUUAAUUUUUCUAAAAAUGUUAUUAAUUUAUAACAUUUAUGAAGAAAAUGUUAAAAAUUCUUUAAGAGGUAUACACAAUUAUAAAUGUGCGAAUGUUUAAGACAAAAACGCAAUAACAAUAAGCCAAACAGAACACAAAAGAAAAGAAUAAUAAUUGAGAUGUAACUAAGUCUAGUAAAAAACUAUAAGCAAAUUUAGUUUUAUAAAAAUUUUUGCGUCACCUGAUAUUUUUUUAAAAUUGUUUACAACAAAUUCCAUAUCCCAAUGAGACAUGCAAAGAGUGAAAUACAGUACCGAUUUUUAAAAAAAAUAUUUGAUCCGCUUUAAGAGUUUUAGUUCUGAAUAAUUAAGAAAUAGAAGGGAACAUUGUAAAGAUUUUAAUAGUUUUACGACUCUGCUUUGACGAAUUUGUGCUUUAAAUUACACAUUAAUAAGUGACUAAAAUUUGAUCCUACAAUUAUAGAGAUCAAAAUGCUGUUACAAGAUACGAAAAUCCAAUUGGUAGUUUUCAAAAUUGCUAUAUUAGGAUUGUGUAUUGUAUCAGAUGCUCAUAUAUUAGUUUAUAACAGAAACACUAAUAAGCUAAUUGAAGAAUAUAAUGACAUGCCAGCAGCAUUUGGUCCUAGUUUACCAUCUAGUGGUCUUAAAUAUAUUGGUAAACAGACAAAUCCUUUUCAAGGUUGUACAAAAAUUGACCCAAUUAAUAAAGGACGCUAUGCAAGCAAUUCCCAAUUUGUUGCCAUUAUCGAAAGGGGUGGGGAUAAUUGUUCUUUCGAGUUGAAGGUGCGUAAUGCUCAAGAAGCACGUUAUGAUUGUGUUAUUGUUUAUAACAACAAAAGUGAUGAUUUAGAACAAAUGAGAGCUGAAAAUUCAACUGGUAUUUAUAUACCCUCUGUAUUUGUUGGCUAUACAACUGGCUUGAGUUUAAUACUCCAAUCUGCGGAUGUAAUUCUUGUUAUUAACGAUGAACCACCUUUUAAUAUUAACACUCAACUGAUUUUACCUUUUUCAAUUUUAAUCGGUCUUUGUUUUCUUGUUAUGAUAUUUUACAUGAUUUAUAAGUGCGUACGUGAGGAGCGGCGUGUCCGAAGAAAUCGUUUACCGAAACGCUUACUAAAAAAGCUGCCAAUUUUAAAAUACACUAAGAAUAGUGAUAUCGUCCAUGAUACGUGUGUUAUCUGCUUGGAUGAAUUUGUUGAGGGCGAUAAGUUGCGUGUAUUGCCAUGCAGGCAUCCAUAUCAUAGUCAUUGCAUUGACCCUUGGUUAACAGAAAAUCGUCGCGUUUGUCCCAUAUGUAAGCGAAAGGUUUUUACGAAAGGCACGGCGAGAUCAAAUCGGAAUCGACAGUCUUCAUUGGAUAGUGUAUCGGAUACAGAUGAUGACACAACUCCACUAUUACAACCAAGUGGUAACACAUCGACUGUUAGAACGGCAACAGAAGUUAUACCAACAACACGCCAUGGUACAUUUACGCGUGAGAGUAGUAAUACAACUGUCAGCACUGCAUUAGGUGCCGGUGAUGUGACAUCUGAUGAAGAAAAUGUAUUAUUAGCACAUCAGUCACCCUCACAUAAUUCACGUCGGGUUAAUCCAUUUGAUCGUACACCAAAUAAUAUUGUUCAACAAACAUCCCAAACAGCUGAAGAAUUGAACGGCAGGCCAAACCUAUUUCGGACUAUAUAUAAUGGUUUGUUUCGUCGUGUGCAUCCAAUUAGUGUAGCAGCGCCACCGUAUCUGGAGGAAGUUGUGGCCGAUGUCGCAUCUACGAAUUCUUUUACAAUACCUGCCACAUAUGAUAAUGCGUCACACUCUUCGAAUAACAUUUUAAAUCCGAAUUUAAGCGGUAGUUUCAAGGAUGAGGAUGAAUCACCACAUCAGUCUAUAUAUGAACCAAUCGCUGUAGUUACACCAACAAAUCCUUCAGAUUCUGAUGCAAUUGGUAAUAAUAUGAAUGACCCCAAUUUGGUUUUCAUACAAACGCCCACACAAGGUGGUAUUGGUGUUGUAGCCUUACCGAAUGCCAAUCACAGUGAUACAUUAAGAGGUCCAACAUAUCAACCUCGUAACGCCACAGCAAAUACUGAUCGUCAGUUUUUUAUUUAAGGCAAUAUAUAUAAGUGGAGUGGAUGAUUAAAUUAAAUAGAAAAAAAUUGUUUUUUUUUUAUUUAACAGUUAUAACGUUUACUUUUUUUUGUAUU